AGGAAGAGGGCGAGCGUCCUGCACGAGGACAGGUGAAUCACCAUGGCAACAGAGCCAGGUGAGCCACAGGAGGCCCAACCCAAAGAGGCGGAGUCUUUCCCUGAAGCUGCUGCCCACUCCACACCCAAACAGGGUGGCGAGGGUGCGCCGACCCAGAGCCAAGCACAGAACUCAUUGGCUGAGGACUCGACUAGUCACCUGUCAUCGAGCAGUCGGAUUGCUCGCUCUCCGGCCAGAAAUCCAUUGAGCUUCAGGACAAUGCAGGCGAGAGUGACCCUGCUGGACGGCUCACUCUUCACCUGUACUGUAGAGAAGCGAGCUCGUGGUCUGCAGCUGUUUGAGAAGGUCUGUGAACACAUCAACCUGCUGGAGAGAGACUACUUUGCUUUGUCCUUCAGAGACGCCGACAACAACAAGAACUGGUUGGAUCCAUCAAAAGAGAUGAAGAAGCAGGUCAGAGGUGUUCCCUGGAACUUUUCCUUUAAUGUAAAGUUUUAUACUCCUGACCCUGCCCAGCUGUCUGAGGACAUCACCAGGUACUUCCUGUGUCUGCAGCUUAGACAGGAUAUAGUUUCUGGUCGUCUUCCUUGUUCAUUUGCGACUCAUACCGUCCUUGGCUCCUACACCGUCCAAUCAGAGCUUGGAGACUAUGACCCUGAUGAGUGUGGUUCAGAUUACAUCAGUGAACUUUGUUUUGCUCCGAAUCAGACCAAAGAAAUUGAGGAGAAGAUCAUGGAGCUGCACAAAACCUACAGAGGAAUGACACCAGCAGAAGCAGAGAUGCACUUCCUAGAAAACGUAAAGAAGCUUUCCAUGUACGGAGUCGACCUUCAUCAUGCAAAGGACUCGGAGGGUGUGGCUAUCAUGCUGGGUGUGUGCAGUAGCGGUCUGCUGGUCUACAGGGACAGACUGCGGAUCAACAGAUUCUCGUGGCCGAAGAUCCUGAAGAUUUCGUACAAAAGAAACAACUUCUACAUUAAGAUCCGACCUGGAGAGUUUGACCAGUUUGAGUCUACGAUUGGUUUCAAGCUGUUGAACCACAGAGCAGCCAAGAGACUGUGGAAGGUGUGUGUGGAGCAUCACUCCUUCUUCAGGCUCGUGUCUCCUGAGGAACUUCCUAAGAAGUUUCUAUCUCUGGGUUCAAAGUUUCGUUACAGCGGUCGGACUCAGAUUCAGAGUCGCAGAGCCAGUGCACAGAUCUCGAGACCUGCACCACAUUUCCCACGAUGUAUCAGCAAGAGGAACAUACUGAGCCGCAGCCUGGACGGAGAUAUGGGCUCGGGGCUGUACGCAGCGUCUAAAGCCAUCGCUGUCAGUGACCUCAUCAGCACAGCCACUCCUGAGAGGAGGACAGAGGAGAGGAAGGAGGAGCAAGAUGAGGAGGUGCUGAUGGUGCAGGAGGUGUUGGAGGUGGAUAAAGAAGAAGUGCAGGUGGAAGAAGAGGAGGAGACCAGAGUGACAGACAUUUCUCAGCAGAGCCCUCCGACUCCUCAGAAACAGGACACCAAGACAGAGCUAACUGAUACAGCUGUGGACGGAGACCUGACGGCCACUGAGUCUGAUCAGGAUGAAGAUUUGAAAACUCAGGAGAUGUUGGCGAGUCCUGAGGAGGAGCAGAAACCUCAGAGCACCAUCAGCGCUCUCAGACGAUCCUUCUUAGAGGCAGGAGGAGAAGGGGGGGUGACAGAGUGGGAGAAACGUCUGGCCUCCUCACCUCUAUGUCGGGUUGACGACUCCCCAAUGAUCGAACCUCUGGAGCCAGACGAGCCUCUCCCCUUGGACAGCAGUUCAGCAGAGCCUAAACCUACAUUUGAUGAAAUGUCUCCUGAACUGACGGCUCUGCUGAAGUCGGCCAGAGAACAAAAAACCUUCAAAGAACACAACCUGCUGAAGACUUCAGAGAAGGUGGAGACAGUCUUCUUGAUGACAGAGUCACAUGACCAGGACCAGCCAAUGGCGGACCAGCCUCAGGAGGUCCCAGUGAUGAGGAAGACUCUCACAUAUGAAGCUCCAGGGAGCCGAGUGGACUCUGAUCCUCCUGCAGGUCUACUGCUGAGCUCCCAGACCUUUACUGCAGAGACCUCCAACACAACCACCACCACACACAUCACCAAGACGGUGAAAGGAGGAAUCUCUGAGACCAGGAUCGAGAAAAGAAUCGUCAUUUCUGGAGACACAGAAAUUGACCACGACCAGGCUCUGGCAGCGGCACUCAGUGAGGCGCGGCGGCAGCACCCUGAGCUGUCUGUCACACGAGUCGUCGUCCAUAAAGAAACUGAAGUCUCUCCUGAUCAUGUGAUAGAUUAGUGACAUCACAGGACUGAAGCCUCUGCAGCAUUAUGGGAGUUGAAGUUCAGACUACGGUGCCAACAACGACACUGUUUGCAGCAGAAACACACACACAUUCACACGCAUGCAUGUACACUUGUAUAUACCGUCUCUCUCUCUCUCUCUCUCUCUCUCUCUCUCUCUCUCUCUCUCUCUCUCACAUACACACGCACGCACA